UACUGCUACACUCCUGUUUCAACCGGCGUUUGUUUUGUGUUUAUAUUUCGGUAUUUCAACAUAUUUUGCAAUAAAUAUGAAGCGAAGGAGCCAAACUCAGGCUCAAACGCCCAAGGAUGACAACAAGAAAUCUAAGGCAAUGUCGGGAGCGCUUACAAUGUCUCAGUUAAGUUCCGAUGUAAUUUGGCAGCUGGCAUCGAAAUACUGGGCUCCUGACACGAAAGAGGACCACUUGCCCUACAGCGCUAAGAUUAUUGAAAAGAUCUACAGCGACGAAAUUGCUACCGGGAACCCCGGACACAGCGCCCGCCGAAUCAACAUGCUGGAGUUUAGCCAAUAUUUGGAACAGUACCUGUGGCCUCAUUAUCAGAGGGAAACUGCCACCCAUGCUCACCUCAUGUCGAUUGUGAUCAUGGCUAACGAGAAGUUCCGUGAGAGAGUCGAAGUUUGGACUGUGUUUGAGAAACUGCCUGACCAGUAUCCAUCCUUCUUUCGCCACGUGCUGGAGAGCUGUCUGCCAGCCGAUGGUGGCAAGGAGGCAAGGAGCUCAUUGCACGAACGUACUUCCCUGUUGAUGUUUCUCAAUCACUGCUUCAACAGCAUGGAAAUCGAGCUGUGCCGCGAACAAGCCAAGCGGUUGGUGUCGUUGUCCAUGUGGCACUGCCUUCAACCGCGGCGACGCGAACAGGAGCUGCGGGAUGUGCCAGAGUGGCGAAAGUACUGGAAACGUCUGCUGAAAAAAGAAAAAGACACCAAGCCCGAAGUCAUAUGGGAACGCCACUUUCUGCAGAACCUUAUCAUUGACUUCUUAAACAUCCUCGAAAGCAUACCCGCAGAGGGCGAAGUGAAAUCCAACGUGGUGCAGUACUGCGAGCGCUUUCUGGAAUUCAUCAUUGACCUGGAGGCUCUGCUCCCCACACGUCGCUUUUUCAACACCGUGUUGGAUGACUGCCAUUUGAUUGUACGAGCCCUGCUUUCGCCGUUGGUUCGGCGUGAGGAGGGAAAACUAUUUGGGCAGCUUUUGGACAUGCUAAAGUUCUACACCCGCUUUGAGAUCAAUGAUGUCACGGGAAACUCGCUCACCGACCACGACAUGACCCAAUUACACUACAAAAAGAUCACCUCCUUGCAAAGAGCCGUGUUUGCCAAGUUCCCCAGCCUGCGUGUUUUCGCACUUUCCAAUGUGGCUACGGUGGACAAACGGGAGUCAUUGGAGCAGCACUUUGGUGGCUUAGAUGGCGAUGGCCUUCGCCAGAUAGCCACUUUUCUCAACCUGGUACCGGAGGAGGUGGUGUCCCCAUUGGACUGGCAUCGCCUCGAUGAGCCGUUUCUGCGUGAACUCUUAAUCACCCGCCACGAGCGACGUUGCUCACAGCUCGAGGCGCUUAACGAGAUGCCACUGUAUCCUACGGAACAGAUUAUUUGGGAUGAAAAUGUAGUGCCCUCGGACUACUACACCGGUGAAAGUUGUCUGGCAUUGCCGAAGCUGAAUCUGCAGUUCCUCACCCUGCACGACUAUCUGUUGCGGAAUUUCAAUCUGUUUCGUCUGGAGUCCACCUAUGAGAUCCGACAGGACAUCGAGGACGCGGUAAGCCGUAUGCUGCCCUGGCAAUCCGAAGAUGGCGAUGUGGUCUUUGGUGGGUGGGCGAGAAUGGCUCUACCAAUUGCCAGUUUUGCUGUGGUCGAGGUGGCCAAGCCACAUCUCGGGGAGAAUAAACCGUCGAGAGUGCGAGCCGAUGUGGGAGUGACUCUUUCUGUUCGCCGGGAGAUCAAGGAGGAGUGGGAGAACCUGCGCAAGCACGACGUCUGUUUCCUACUCACAGUCAAGCCAACACAGCCCUAUGGCACCAAAUACAAUCACCGGGAACCCUUCCUUCCCCAAGUUGGCUUGGUCAGUGUGCGUGGCUGCGAAGUGGAGGGCAUGUUGGAUGCCAAUGGCAGGGUUAUAGAAGAUGGUCCAGAGCCCCGACCACAGCUUCCAGGAGAACAGAGAAACUAUCGUGUUUGGCUGGAUUCCAAUCAGUACCGUCUAGAUAUGGAUGAUUUGCAGGAGGGUGCCGAUGACGUCUACGAGAGCUUCAACAUCCUGAUGCGUCGUAAACCGAAGGAAAACAACUUUAAGGCAGUUUUGGAAACCAUUCGCCACCUAAUGAAUACGGAGUGUGUUGUGCCGCCAUGGUUACAUGACAUCCUCUUGGGCUAUGGCGAUCCGGCUGCCGCUCACUACAGCAAUAUGCCCAACCAGGAGCGUAGUCUGGAGUUUAACGAUACCUUCCUUGACUACAAGCAUCUGAAAGAUAGUUUUCCCGGCUAUGAACUGAAGUGCAGUGUGCCGGAGGAAGGACGCCUGCCGCCCUACCGUCUGAUUUUCGAGGACGUGCCUGUCCAAAGUGAAAGCGACGAGGAAGACCAGAAGGAAAAGAAGGUGGAAUUGAGCAAAUCCAUUGUGGUGCACUCCUAUAAAUACGAAGCGAGGGGUCCUUACCCUAGGAACAAGCCGAAACAAAACUCUAUUCGAUUUACCCCCACCCAAGUCGAAGCCAUUCGAGCCGGCAUGCAGCCUGGUUUGACCUUAGUAGUGGGUCCGCCAGGCACGGGAAAAACUGACGUUGCCGUGCAAAUUAUCUCCAAUAUUUACCACAACCAUCCCAAUCAGCGUACGCUGAUUGUAACUCACUCCAAUCAGGCGCUGAACCAGCUGUUCGAGAAGAUCAUGGCCCUGGACAUCGACGAAAGGCAUCUACUUCGUCUAGGCCACGGAGAAGAAGCCCUGGAAACCGAAAAAGAUUACAGUCGCUAUGGUAGAGUCAACUAUGUUUUGGCCAAACGAAUGGAUUUGCUCGACCAGGUGCAGAAGCUUCAGACAGCGGUCGGAGUGAGUGGUGACAAUUCAUAUACCUGCGAGACGGCUGGUUACUUCUACCUAUACAAUGUAAUGGCCCGCUGGGAGAAAUUCCAAAGUCAGAUAAAUGUGCACAGGAAGGAGGCGGAUGCAACAAAGUUAAGAAACCUCUUUGAGACUGAGUUUCCCUUCAGAAAGUUUUUCGACGAUGCUCCACAGCCCUUGUUCAAAGGCUCUACCUUUGAGGCCCUAAUGGACACAGCUGUUUCUAACUUCCGCUACAUCUCUGACAUCUUUACCGAACUGGAGGAAUUUCGAGCUUUCGAGCUGCUGCGCACUGGCUUAGAUCGUUCGAAGUAUCUUCUCGUAAAAGAGGCCAAGAUCAUCGCCAUGACUUGUACGCAUGCCGCUCUAAAACGUAAGGAGCUGGCAAAUCUCGGCUUCCGUUACGACAACAUCCUAAUGGAGGAGUCCGCGCAGAUCCUGGAAAUUGAGACUUUUAUACCACUGCUUUUACAAAAUCCCCUGGACGGUCUCAAUCGUCUGAAGCGUUGGAUCAUGAUUGGAGAUCACCACCAACUGCCGCCCGUGAUCAAAAACAUGGCAUUCCAAAAGUACUCCAACAUGGAGCAGAGUCUGUUCACCCGACUGGUGCGUCUCGGUGUGCCCACCGUGGAUUUGGAUGGACAAGGUCGUGCCCGUUCUAGUAUCUGUUCUUUGUACAAGUGGCGCUACAAGAAACUUGAGGACCUGCAGCACAUCUUUGAAAGGGACGAGUACAAAAAGGCGAACUCUGGCUUCGCCCAUGAUUAUCAGCUUAUAAAUGUUGAUGAUUUCAAGGGCGUGGGUGAGAGCGAACCAAAUCCUUACUUUUAUCAAAACUUGGCGGAAGCGGAGUACAUUGUAGCUGUUUACAUGUACAUGCGCUUGCUUGGCUAUCCCGCUGCCAAAAUAUCCAUACUUACCACCUAUAAUGGGCAGAAGCAUCUUAUCCGCGAUGUUAUCAAUGCUCGCUGUGGUAACAACCCGCUCAUUGGCUGGCCGCACAAGAUAACUACGGUGGACAAGUACCAGGGUCAACAGAACGACUACAUACUCAUCUCACUGGUUCGCACCAAGGCAGUGGGACACUUGCGGGAUGUGAGGCGUUUAGUAGUGGCCAUGAGUCGUGCUCGACUCGGGCUCUACGUGUUUGGAAGGGUAUCACUUUUCAAAAAUUGCCUGGAACUGCAACAAACAUUUAAGCUGCUUACCCAACGACCUCUAAAACUAAAUCUAGUUCCCGGAGACAGCUUUCCUACAGAUCGUUUGACUAACGAUCCCGUGGGCAAUGAAGCCAUUAGGACUAUUGAGAACAUGACCGAAAUGACACAGUUUGUCUACGAGCGAUAUAUGGCCAAGAUGGAGGAACUUAAGGGCACCCUACCCACAGAAGAAGAGCUACUGGCUAUGCGCAACCAACUUCCCCAGGAGGACGAGGAAAACGUUAAUGAAGAGCCGCCAGAAAAACGGCCAGCCAAGGAAGAACCUGUGUCAAAGAAGAAAGCACCCGAGGCUUUCAAGCCUACUCCAAUUGUAAACGAAAUAAACAUGGAGGAGCCUGAGGCGAAUCAACAAGAGGGGAACCAAGAAGACACUACAACAGAAUCGCAAGACCAAGUUGAAUAGUCUUAGGUGUUAUUGAGAUGCUCCAAUAAUUUUAUUUGAACAAGUUACAACAAUUUUUAAGCGACAAAAACAUAGACCACACCUUUAAAACUAAA